UGGUCGAUACUGAUAGGAUAAAAACAUAAAUAUCAAUAAAAAUAACAGUUUAAUAUGAUUUUCAGGAGAAGAAGAAUAGUCAGAACAUUAGAAAGAGAUUUAUUUGCUUAAUUAACGAGCAUGAUGGAUCACAGCGGAGUCGAAACAACCAAAGUUUUCACCUUUGAAGAAAAAGAAAAUACACUUUCUGUCUCCAUACCUGAGGUUCUGGACCCACAGUACGGUAUGUAUGUGUGGCCCUGUGCAGUGGUGCUGGCCCAGUACCUGUGGAGCCGCCGAGAGGAGCUGAGAGACAAGACGGUGCUGGAGCUCGGUGCAGGUGUGAGUCUACCAGGUGUGGUGGCGGCGAGCUGCGGCGCGAAGCUGAUCCUGUCCGAUGACGCCAACAGGCCGCCGUGUCUGCUGAACUGCAGGCGCAGCUGUGAAGCCAACGGCCUCAGCGAUGUCCGCGUGGUGGGUCUCACCUGGGGGGAAGUCUCACCUGACCUCGUCCUGCUUCCCAAACUGGACUUCAUCCUGGGAUCAGAUGUUUUCUACGAGCCGGACGAUUUCGAAGACGUCCUCGUGACCGUCGCUUUCCUCCUCAGAAAAAACCCCACAGCUCAGUUCUGGACGACGUACCAGGAAAGAAGUGCCGACUGGUCGAUCGACUCGUUGCUCCGCAGAUGGAAACUGAACUGUGUCGACGUUCGGCUGGAAAGUUUUAACGCCGAUGAACCUCAGUUGGCUGGAUCGACUCUACCAGGCAGGCACAGCAUCCAGAUGAUGAUUAUCACACUGAAGACAGAUUCAGCCUGAUAACAGUAAACAUGGAGGAGAGCAACAACGCUGCUUACGGUCCGUUAAAAGACGAGAGACAUUUCACCUUUGUUGGACUUUUACGAAGAAAAACUGGAAGGAGACGAAUCAUAACUGAACACCUGCAGCUAUUAAUGUCGCCCAUGUUACUCAUCAUAUUUAAUUAGUUUAUUUGUCAGGGACAGUGAAUAUUAAUGGACAUUUCUUAGCGCUGGGAAGUAUAUUGAAAUUAUAUCGAUAUCGUGAUAUGAGACAAGAUAUCGUAAUAUCGCGAUAUGUCAUCAGAGUUGUCUUUUCCUGGUUUUAAAGCUGCAUUACGGUAAAAUAUAUAAUUUUCUGAACUUACCAGACUGUUGUAGCUGUUCUGUUAUUUACUUUUUACCCACUUUGUCAUUAUAUCCACAUUACUGAU